AGAUUGAUUUGAAUCAUGGAGCAUGUCAUUGGUGGAAAAUUUAAGCUUGGGAGGAAGAUUGGAAGUGGAUCUUUUGGCGAGUUGUAUCUUGGUGUUAAUGUACAGACUGGAGAAGAAGUGGCUGUUAAACUGGAAUCAGCAAAAACAAAGCAUCCUCAGCUUCAUUAUGAAUCAAAAUUGUAUAUGCUUCUUCAGGGAGGAACUGGGAUUCCACACUUAAAGUGGUUUGGCGUGGAGGGCGAGUAUAAUGUUAUGGUUAUUGAUUUUCUUGGUCCCAGCCUUGAAGAUCUGUUCAACUAUUGCAGUAGAAAGCUCUCAUUGAAAACUGUUCUGAUGCUUGCUGAUCAGUUAAUAAACCGUGUUGAGUAUAUGCACUCACGAGGCUUUCUUCAUCGUGACAUUAAGCCAGAUAACUUCCUUAUGGGCCUGGGUCGUAAAGCAAACCAGGUUUACAUCAUUGAUUAUGGCCUUGCUAAGAAGUACAGGGACCUUCAAACUCAUAAGCACAUACCUUACAGGGAGAACAAAAACCUCACAGGAACCGCACGCUAUGCAAGUGUUAAUACUCAUCUAGGAGUUGAACAAAGCAGGAGAGAUGAUCUGGAAUCUCUAGGUUAUAUGCUCAUGUAUUUUUUGAGAGGAAGCCUUCCCUGGCAGGGUUUGAAAGCUGGUACUAAGAAGCAAAAGUACGACAAAAUAAGUGAGAAGAAAAUGCUUACUCCAGUAGAGGUGCUGUGCAAGUCAUAUCCACCGGAGUUUGUCUCUUACUUCCAGUACUGCCGAUCAUUGCGGUUCGAAGACAAGCCAGAUUAUUCUUAUUUGAAAAAGCUUUUCCGGGACCUUUUUAUUCGAGAAGGUUAUCAGUAUGAUUAUAUAUUUGAUUGGACUUUAUUGAAGUAUCCCCAUACCAGGCCUGGUGUUAGAGCGCGGCCAAGUGGCCGAGCAAAUGGUGCUGUAGGACCAUCACAAGAAAGAGCUGAAAAAAAUUCAGUUGGACAAGAGAUUCGAGAAAAGUUAUCAGGUGCUGUUGAAGCAUUAGGUAGAAGGAAGGUCUCAGGCUCAGCUCCCCAUCGUGAUCAUUCAAAACAUAGAGGCCAAGAAGACGGACCAAUGUCAUCCAAGGAUGUUCAUGGUUCAGAAAAGACACGUUCAACAUCUCGAAAUGGCAGCUUAUCGAAGAGGGUGGUCAUGUCAAGUGGUCGUCCAAGCUCAACUGGUGAACCAAGUGAUCAAUUGUUCAACAGGACAAGCCGGUUGGUGUCAAGCAGCCACAGCCGGCCAUCAAAUGCCCAAAGGACUCAUCAUCCUGGAACUGAAUUGAGGUCAUCAUCGAUCCCCCGCAAUGCAACAAGCAGAGUGACCCGUGACGACAAUCCUCUUCGAACUUUUGAGCUCCUCUCACUCAAUGCAGACAAAAGAAAAUAAUUAAACAAAAAAAAAGAUACAAGUUAGCAAGAAAGCAUCUCUCAAGCAGUUGCCAUUCGUUCGAGGAGUACCUAGAAACUCGUCGGAAAUGAAUGUGACUCAACUGGCUUAUGCAAUAAUAAACCAGAAGACAUCAUACUCGAACUUUGCAAUUUUUUCUUCGAAUAAAUACUAUUACUCCAUGUAAAUCUCUUGGUUUUGAGGCUCUUAUUGCAAUCUUAGAUAUCUAGCACAAGAGCAACAGCCCAUUUUGGGAUGACUGUUUGUAUGAAGAUUAUUAUUAUUAUUCCAAUAAAAUGAACUGUUUAUGUUCAAA